CCGACUCUCUGUCACGUGGAGUUUAUAUUUGGGUCUCGAGACUCUCUUGGCUCCAGAUCCAAAGGCAAAAACCCUCCCGUCUACCAAGAGAGAGGAAUGCAACAGAAGGGAAGAGCUCAUAACCGCAGAUCCAGGAGCUUUUCUAGAUCCCGCAUUGCCAUUCAAGGCAUUUAGCAGGAUAAAAAAUCCCCUUCUUUCAGAUUUUCAACCCCUCUCUUUUGAUAGAACACCCCACUCUCCUCUCAUUUUCCACUCACAUCAACUCCAUCCAUGGCUCGUCAGGGGGAAGAAGAACGGACGGUCCAGAAGAACUACUGGCUCGAGCAUUCCGUCGACUUGACUGUCGAAGCCAUGAUGCUCGAUUCUCGUGCCGCCGAUCUCGACAAAGAAGAGCGGCCCGAGGUGCUAUCUCUACUUCCAAGUUUUAAGGGAAAGUCUCUAUUGGAGCUUGGAGCCGGUAUUGGUCGCUUCACAACUGAGUUAGCUAAGGAGGCUGGUCAGGUUCUAGCUGUGGACUUCAUUGAAAGUGUGAUAAAGAAAAAUGAAAGUGUUAAUGGACAUUUUAAGAAUGUCAGCUUUAUGUGCGCUGAUGUAACAUCUCCAGACCUGCAAAUAGCACCUGAAUCUAUGGAUUUUGUAUUCUCAAACUGGCUGCUAAUGUAUCUGUCAGACAGUGAGGUUGAGAAUCUGGCCAAAAGGAUGAUCAAGUGGUUGAAGCCUGGUGGGUUUAUCUUCUUCAGAGAAUCUUGUUUUCAUCAAUCUGGAGAUAGUAAGCGAAAAAGCAACCCAACCCACUAUAGGGAGCCAAGAUUCUAUACAAAGGUUUUCAAAGAAUGUCAGAUGAAUGAUGGCUUUGGAAAUUCCUUUGAGCUUACCCUUAUUACCUGUAAGUGCAUUGGAACUUAUGUGAGGAGUAAAAAGAAUCAAAAUCAGGUUUGCUGGAUAUGGGAAAAGGUCAAGUCAACUGAUGAUAAGGGAUUUCAGCGUUUCUUGGAUAAUGUGCAGUAUAAAUGCGAUGGUAUAUUGCGCUAUGAACGUGUCUUUGGAGAAGGUUUUGUGAGUACAGGGGGAAUUGAUACAACGAAGGAAUUUGUGGCAAAGCUGGAGCUUAAGCCUGGUCACAAGGUCCUUGAUGUUGGAUGUGGCAUUGGGGGAGGUGACUUCUACAUGGCUGAAAAUUUUGAUGCUGAGGUUGUUGGCAUUGACCUAUCCAUAAACAUGGUUUCUUUUGCUCUUGAACGUGCCAUUGGACGCCAGUGCUCGGUUGAGUUUGAGGUUGCUGACUGCACCCAAAAAAACUAUCCUGAUAACACAUUUGAUGUGAUAUACAGCCGUGACACUAUUCUCCACAUACAAGACAAACCUACCUUAUUUAGAACCUUCUUUAAGUGGCUGAAGCCAGGUGGCAAAGUUCUAAUCACUGAUUACUGCAAGAGAGCUGGGCCUCCAUCAGCAGAAUUUGAGAAGUACAUUAGGCAGAGAGGAUAUGAUUUGCAUGAUGUAGAGGCCUAUGGUCAGAUGCUCAAGGAUGCUGGUUUUGAUGAAGUUACAGCUGAAGAUCGAACCGAUCAGUUCAUAAAGGUGUUGCAGAGAGAAUUAGAUGCCGUUGAGAAGAACAAGGAUGCCUUCAUCCAAGAUUUUUCUGAAGAGGACUACUCUGAAAUCGUUGAUGGUUGGAAGGCGAAGCUGAUGAGGAGCUCGGUUGGUGAGCAGAGGUGGGGCCUGUUUUUUGCCAAGAAAAAAUGAUUGUUCGAAGAAAUUCCAUUGUCUGCUUGACUAAGUUGAAGUGAACAAGAAGCACAAAUAAUAGACAAGACUCAAUAUGCAUCCUGCUGCUAUGGUGUUUAAAACUAUGGUUUGAUCUUAGUUUAUAAACUUAUUAUAAAGUUGGUUUGAUCUUAGUUUAUAAACUUAUUAUAAAGUUGGCUUUCCAUGUGUCA